AUGGCCGAUGAUCAAUCACAUCUCGCUCUCCCAACCAGUGCAGCUCUCAGUGCUUCCACCUCACACUUCUACCCGUUCGCAACCUCACCAGAUGUCAUCCGAUCGCACGAGAAAGAUGCCUUCCUCACCAGCAGUUUAAUUCAACAGUCACAGGGCAUUGUCAGAGCUCUCCGAGGAGCCCGAUUUGCUCACACCUACUCCGAAUCCAUCAAACACAUUACCGAACUCCUCUACUUCUCUUUAACAACCGCCCUCGGCAAUCGCACCUUAGGCGAGGAAUAUUGCGACCUGGUCCAACUAGAGGAUGAUACACUACAACUUCCCUCCAUUGGAAGACGCGUCGGCUACAUCUUAAGUAGCAUUCUCGUGCCAUGGACACUACAGCGUCUCCUCCCCGCCUUUCGACAGCGCAUCCGCAAUAAGCUCGAGCGCAAUGUGGUGCGGGAACAGUUCCGUGCAGCGCAGCAGGCUGGCCUGCUGAACAAGCCUCAGCUUUCGGCGCCCGUCAGAAAGACGUUCUUCACAAAGCUCCGCAUCCAGCAGUAUCUUCUCGAACAUCUGGACUCCAUCACCUCCGUUUCACCUAUAUAUGCCCUGAGUAUUGCGACUUUCUAUUUUACAGGCUCAUAUUACCACCUCUCUAAACGUAUCUGGCGCCUGCGAUAUGUCUUCACGAAGAAGAUAGAUGAUAACGAGCAGCGCAUCGGCUACGAGGUUUUGGGUGUAUUACUCGUGUUGCAGAUUGCGGUGCAGGGAUUCCUGCAUGCAAGGAAGCUGGCAACACUACCGGACGAAGAGGAAAAGGCCGAGGGCGAGUCUUCUUCUGGUGCCGUACUGGCGUCGAUUCAGAAUCCCUCUGCUAUCCCAUUGCUCCCUGCUUCUAUGCCACUCUACGAUCUGGAGGAGGACCCCGGUGCUGUGUCGUGGAUCCCUGAAGGUCAACAGCGGAAGUGUACGCUGUGUCUGGAGGCGUUCAAGGAUCCAAGUGUCACGACGUGUGGCCAUGUGUUUUGUUGGAUUUGCGUGAGGGAUUGGGUUCGGGAGAAGCCCGAAUGUCCACUUUGUCGACAGGAGGUCUUACUCUCCAAGGUCCUGCCUUUGAGAGGGUAG